AUGACCACAAAAAUACAAGCCAUAUCUUUUCUUGUUUCGGUCCUAGUCCUAGCCCUGAUUGGGGUCUCUCAUGCCGGUGGGAUCGCAAUUUAUUGGGGUCAAAGCAGCUCCGAGACAACCUUAAACGAAACUUGUAACUCUGGACUAUACAAAUUCGUAAACGUUGCCUUCCUCAACAAAUUCGGCAGCGGCCGAACCCCAUUGCUCAACCUUGCAGGCCACUGCAACCCAUCAAAUGGUGGUUGCAGGGUUGCAAGUUCAGCCAUAAGAAACUGCCAAGAGAAAGGCAUCAAGGUGAUGCUCUCCAUCGGUGGUGGCAUUGGUCAGUACUCUCUGGCUUCUAAAGACGAUGCCAAGAAGGUAGCCGCUUAUUUAUACAACAACUUUUUGGGUGGAACAUCAGCUUCCCGGCCAUUAGGAAGUGCCGUGUUGGAUGGAAUCGACUUUGACAUAGAGCUUGGCUCCACUAAAUAUUGGGACGAUCUUGCACGCUACUUGGCCGCAUAUAGCAAGCCGGGAAAAAAAGUAUACCUAUCGGCCGCUCCUCAGUGUCCGAUCCCUGACAAAUUCUUAGGGACUGCCCUUAGUACUGGGCUUUUUGAUUAUGUUUGGGUUCAGUUUUAUAACAAUCCCCCAUGCCAAUACAGUCCUGGAAACACAAGCAAGAUUUUAGCUUCAUGGAAACGGUGGGCUGACAUAAAGGCAAUAAAAAAGUUGUUUUUAGGGUUACCGGCAGCCAAGGCGGCAGCUGGAAGUGGGUACAUUCCACCUGCCGUGCUAAUCUCUCAAAUCCUUCCAGAGAUCAAGAAAUCACCGAAGUAUGGAGGUGUUAUGCUGUGGAACAGGUACUAUGACAGGGUCAAUGGCUAUAGUGCUGCCGUUAAGACAAAGGCGUAAAC